GGGCAUGCAAAAAAAAAAACAAGAAAGCCAAAAGAAAAGUGUCCACAGAUUUGCAUUAAUUUUAACAAUAAUUAAAUCAAUAAACUUUUUGGUGGCCUUGCCCUAGCCCAUCACAUCAGUGCAUGCAAUAGCGCAGUGCUGUGCUGCAGUUUGUACUCGAAGAUAUCUGGAAAAAAAAUCUGCUUGCUUGAAAACAACAAUACACACACACAGACGCACUGGUACACAGGCACACCACACGCACCCCCGCAGCACUUCGUAUCCGCCCUACAUUCAAUCCGCUCCCUAAGGUGUACUAAAACGGUCCCAAUAUGACGGCAGCUCCGUACAACUAUAACUACAUCUUCAAAUACAUCAUCAUCGGGGACAUGGGCGUGGGCAAGUCCUGCCUGCUGCACCAGUUUACCGAAAAGAAAUUCAUGGCCAAUUGCCCGCACACCAUUGGCGUGGAGUUUGGAACUCGCAUCAUCGAGGUGGAUGACAAAAAAAUCAAGCUACAGAUCUGGGACACAGCGGGCCAGGAGCGGUUCCGCGCAGUCACACGCUCUUACUACAGAGGAGCUGCCGGAGCUCUCAUGGUUUAUGACAUAACGAGACGCUCGACGUACAAUCACUUGAGCAGCUGGCUCACCGACACGCGAAAUCUCACAAACCCCAGCACAGUGAUCUUUCUGAUUGGUAACAAGUCCGACCUGGAGAGCACUCGUGAAGUGACCUACGAGGAGGCCAAGGAGUUUGCCGAUGAGAAUGGCCUCAUGUUUCUCGAAGCGAGUGCAAUGACUGGACAAAAUGUGGAGGAAGCGUUUCUCGAAACCGCACGCAAGAUCUAUCAGAACAUUCAGGAGGGAAGGCUCGAUCUGAAUGCGUCCGAGUCAGGGGUGCAGCACCGUCCCUCGCAGCCGUCACGAACCUCCCUGAGUAGCGAGGCCGCAAAUGCCAAGGAUCAGUGCUCGUGCUAAAUGGAUAAUCCUUAACUUUACACACUCCUAGCUAUACAAAUCUAUCUUAAUUUUUAGCCCAACUCGUAAUCAUAAUGAUUUUCGAUCUAUCGAAACGCAAGCAAGAAACCAAUGUAUCCAGUUGAUUCGAUUCGAUUAUGCCUGGACGUGUGAACAAAAAAACUAAACCAAAAUAUAAAAGCCCUCCCUCUCCCCCGUAAAUAAGAACACAUUUAACAUUUGUAUUAUCGAGUAAGCAUAAUUAUUAGAAAAUUGAUACAAUUGUUGGUUAGCGCGAGUAUUUCUCACGGAUCGUUGAAGGAACCAAAGUUUUGACUAUGAAAUUUCGAAAGGUUUAUCGCUCUAUGCAUACCAUACACCGAAGUGUUUGGUGCACACCUUAGGUACAUUUCGAUCUAUAAACCUUGUGUUUUGUUGGCUCUAUCUCUGUAUAUAUUAUAUAUGAAUUUUGUAUCUCCUUUAUAAACGCUUUUUUGUUGAGUAUUUGUUGUAGACGCGUGCAAAGUAAUAAGUAAACGAACAAUGUUAUAUGAAUAUUAACGACGUAUUAAUGGCAUAAUGCAAUAGGAAAUAAAGAAUUGGUAUUUAUAAAGCCCCCCA